AUGAACAGAGAAGCAAGUUUUUCUUCAAUGGCACCACCAACUUUUGGUGGAGAAAGUUAUCGAAUAUGGGUUGUUAGAAUGCAGGCAUAUCUGGAAGUCUUGGAUCUCUGGGAGGCUGUAAAAGAUGAAUACAUCAUUGCUCCCUUCCCAAACAAUCCCACAAUGGCGCAAAUUAAAAAUCACCAGGAAAGGAAAAUUAGGAAAUCAAAGGCAAAGGUAUAUUUAUGUGUUGCAGUUUCAUCCACUGUCUUCACUCGUAUCAUGUCUCUGAAGUUGGCAAAAGAGGUAUGGGAUUAUCUUAAGACUGAGUAUGAAGGAGAUGCGAGAAUUCGAGGGAUACAAGUGCUGAAUUUGGUAUGUGAGUUUGAGCUGCAAAAGAUGAAGGAUAGUGAAACCAUACAGGAAUACACUGACCGACUUCUUAACAUUGCCAAUCACGUCAGAUUGUUGGGUUCCACUUUUAACGAUUCAAGGAUCGUUGAGAAAAUCCUUGUAACGGUACCUGAAAGAUUUGAGGCGACCAUUACUACCCUCCUUGUAAGCAUUGCAGCAAGAUCGGACAUGCACCUUUCAAGUGUUAGAGAAGGCCUGAAACUAAGUGCAGUAAGUGCAAUCAGUUUGGACAUAAAGCAAUCAUUUGUAAGAACAAAACUCAGCAGCAGGAUGUAG